CACUCUAACGGUUGUCGAGUUUUACGCGUUUGACUGACAUGCACAUGAACCAAUCAGCAUGGGUGUAUAAACGCAGUAGAAUCGGACAACCAAUCCGCUUUCAGUAUUCCAGAAUUGUUUUUUUUCCGGGAUUCUCUCUCGUGAACGCGAGAUUGACUGCUCGUGUCAGUGAUGCGCGUCCACGUGAGCUUCUAGCGGUAUUUAAUGGACAGCGGCUCUGAAGUGAACUGAACGUCUCCCUGCUGGGAAAAAAAAAGAAAUAAAAAAUAAUAACCAAAAACAAAGAGGAAAUAAAGACAAUAAACGGGCAUUUUGAACCAUUUUAGAAAACAAAGAGCAAGCGCGAGGGAGGUUUAUUGCGGAUACGCGGAUGGUUUCAUGUACAUUUUUGUCCAUCAGAAGGGUUUUACUGGGGUGCAAGACGUUUUUAUGGACACGUUGCGGCUUUCUUUAAUAGGAUCAUGAGCCAGGGAUGGGUUAUGAUAUAUUAUGCCGUGUAAAAAGAUUGAAUUUGUGGUGUCGGGUAUUAAGGUGUAACGCGUAAAGGCGGCGGCGCGCUGUGUUGUGUUGUGUUGUGUUGUAUUGUGGUGUAGUGUAGGCCACUGACGCCGACUUUAAUCUCCGAGGGCAAAAGUAAAGCUGUUUACAGAUCCGUUUAUUGCUAAGCCUGUGCGCUGUCUCGUCAGGAGCAAGGUGGGAAACAUGGCUGGAGAGAAAUUGGCCGUGACGCGAGCGCUGAGUGGAUUUGCGUGGCUGUGGCGCUGCCGUGGAAACUAAGGGCGACCGAGGCGCAGGUUUCCACCCGACACAUCCCUAAAGGAAAACUUUUCAUUUCGUUUUCUCUACAAACAUGGGCAAGGACGAGUGCAAAACCAUGCUGGACGCUUUAAAUAAGGUAACGGCGUGCUACCGGCACCUCGUGUCCGCUUUAGGGAGCACGUCGGACUCUCAAAACCUGCGCGAGGAGCUGAAAAAGACGCGGCGGAAAGCGCAGGAGCUGGCCGCGGCGAACCGGACCAGACUGACCGCGCUGCUCAAAGACAAGAGCAUCAGCAAUGACGACCGCGCCGAGUACGAGCGCCUGUGGGUGCUCUUCACCAGCAGCAUGGAGAUCCUCGAGGUGGACAUGAGGAGGUCGUUGGAGAUCGGGCAGGAUUUCCCGCUCAAGGUGCCCACGCGCCACUUCAUCCAGACUGGCAUGACCGGCAGCACAAGCACUGUGGCGGCCCGGGCCAUGAGCAUGCAGAACAUGAAAUACGAAGCGGACGCGGGCAUCGACACGGCCGAUCUGAAAGACCUGGAGGCCGAGAUCGCUCAGCUCGAUCAGAUGAUGGAGGAGAUGGAGAUGAAGGUGCAGGUGGCGCCGUGGGCGGUGGAGGCCAAGCAGGAAGCCGGAGCCGAACUCAAAUCCACAGUCAGUGUGGGAAACUCAUCCGUCGGUGUCAUUUCCAUCUGCGACGAGGAACCCAAAGACGGGGGCGAAGGUGAAGCUGGUGUCAUGAGGAUCUUCGCGGGCAUCAUUUUCACUAUGGUUUUACUCAUUGCAGGCAUUCUGGGAUAUCUGGUCGUCAAUCUUUGAAGUAGGAUCUUCUUAAGGCUGUGUGAACACUAAACGAACAACAAAACAAAAACUGUGACCUGCUGGAUUUAUUCUAACCUACAUAUUCACCUGCCAGUGUGUGUGUGUGUGUGUGUGUGUGUGUGUGUGUGUGUGUGUGUGGCUUGGACCUGAAAAACACAUUCAGUAGCAGUGUUUCAUGAAUCAGAGGCUGAACUGAUUACUUUUGUGGAUAUAAUGUAUCCAUGGGCCACAGUAUUAGUACACUGUUACACCAACAACCUGGCUGUAAAUUUUUACAGUAAAUUAUAAAGUACUGUAAAAUCUACAGUAAACAACUGUAAAACAUUAACAGUAAAGCACCGUGAUAGCUUACGUAGUAUAAAAUAACACAUCUUAAAGUAGGCUACGUUUGCUCGUUUGGCUGAUGAUGUGGAUGU